GCCUGGCGCUUUCUGUCUCCGGGUGGCAGCAACGACCAAUCACAGAGCAGGCCGUCCGUGUAUCUAGGCAGAUCACGGCUGCUGCAACCAUUCAGAAAAAGGAAAAUAAAGCAACGCACGAGCCGCGGGGCUGGGUUGGAGCGAAGGUGGCUGCGAGUUUUCCAGAUUUAGGAGACUUCAGAAAGGUGGGGCAGAUAGAAUGGAGAUGGCAAAGAUCUCUUUGGGUAUAGAUGGGCCUGGCGAAGUAAUGGAAUAAUUUCUAAUUUUUGGAGAAGCCCUCAUGCUGGGAUGGCAGAAGAUGAGCCUGAUGCUAAGAGCCCCAAGACUGGGGGAAGGGUACCUCCAGGUGGUGCAGAGGCAGGGGAACCUACCACCCUUCUUCAAAAGCUUCGAGGUACCAUUUCCAAGGCCGUGCAGAACAAAGUAGAGGGAAUCCUGCAAGAUGUACAGAAGUUCUCAGACAACGACAAACUGUAUCUUUACCUUCAGCUCCCUUCAGGGCCCAGCACUGGAGAUAAGAGCUCGGAGCCAAGUACACUCAGCAAUGAGGAGUACAUGUAUGCCUACAGGUGGAUCCGAAACCACCUGGAAGAACACACAGACACCUGUCUGCCAAAGCAAAGCGUUUAUGAUGCCUAUAGAAAGUACUGCGAGAGUCUCGCCUGUUGCCGCCCACUCAGCACUGCCAACUUUGGCAAAAUCAUUAGAGAGAUCUUCCCUGACAUCAAAGCAAGAAGGCUUGGAGGCCGGGGUCAGUCCAAAUACUGCUACAGUGGCAUACGAAGGAAGACCUUGGUGUCUAUGCCACCCCUGCCUGGACUUGACCUUAAGGGUUCUGAGAGUCCAGAAAUGGGCCCAGAAGUAACCCCAGCACCUCGGAAUGAACUGGUGGAGGCAGCCUGUGCCCUGACCUGCGACUGGGCAGAGAGAAUCCUGAAACGGUCCUUCAGUUCCAUUGUUGAGGUUGCCCGCUUCCUGCUGCAGCAGCACCUCAUCUCUGCCCGGUCAGCACACGCCCAUGUACUUAAGGCCAUGGGCCUUGCUGAAGAGGAUGAACAUGCCCCUCGGGGACGGUCGUCUAAAUCUAAGAAUGGCGUGGACAGCCUAGAGGGUGGAGCCCUUAAGAAACCAGAGAGACCGGCCCAGCCUCCUAAGGAGCUGGAAUCCCGGCCUGGGGCUGGGCCUCUAGGGCGUGGAGAGCGGAAGAAGAAUGUAGUUGAGAGCUCUGCCCCAACAGCCAGUAACCUGCAGGUUAAUGCUCUAGUGGCCCGACUGCCUCUGCUCCUUCCCCGGGCCCCUCGCUGUCUUGCUCCACCAAUCCCAGUCUCUCCACCUAUCCUGGCUCCCAAGCUUUCUUCAGGUGCCCUAAAAGUAGCUACUCUGCCUCUGUCCAGUAGGGCUGGGGGACCUCAGGGAGCUGUCCCCAUCAUUAACAUGAUCUUACCAACUGUUCCUGCUCUGCCUGGGCAUGGGCCUGGGCGAGCUCCACCUGGGGGGCUUACUCAGCCACAGGGCACAGAGAACAGGGAGGUAGGCAUAGGUGGUGACCCAGGACCCUAUCAGAAGGGUGUCAAGAGGACAGCUGAAGUACCUAUGGGUGAGGCCAGUGGGCAGGACCCACCAGCUAAAGCAACAAAGCAAGAUAUAGAGGAUACAGCAAGUGACACCAAAAGAAAACGGGGGCGCCCUCGAAAAAAGUCAGGUGGAAGUGGGGAAAUGAAUUCUACCCCUGAGAAGUCAGCAGCUGCCAUGGAGUCUGGCCAGUCCUCAAGGUUACCAGGGGAGUUGUGGGGCUGUGGAAGGGAAAACAGUUUAGUGGGAGGGCCAAAGAGGCCAGUGGGAGAGGCUGAGAAGGGGCCAGUGCUUACCCAAGAUCAGGAAGAUGGUGCUGUUUCCAAAGGAGGAAGGGACCCCCGUUCCCGGCAUGCCAAAGAAGCAGAAGAUAAAAUUCCUCUUGUCCCCUCAAAAGUGAGUGUUAUCAAGGGUAGUAGAAGCCAAAAGGAGGCUCUGCAGUUGGUAAAGGAAGAGGUAGGCCCCACAGUGCAGGGUGAUAAAGACUUAAAGGGGCACAUGCUUCAAAGUUCCCAUGAGCGUAAAGACCCCAAAGCAACACCCCCAUGACAGGUCUGUUGGGAAGAGUGUUUAUAUCCAUAUGUUAACUCUACCUGUCUGCCUUGCAGAGGCCCUUCUCUGCACUUGCUUCUUAUUUGACUAUUCUUUUUCUAAGAGAGUCCAUUCUCCACUGCAUACACAGCUGAGUCACCCAGUCUCACAAGUGCCUAGCUGCUGCCUCUGACCUUUUCAGCUUGAUACCCUUGUCUUUAGUGUAAACCAAUAAAUCUGUAGUGCCCUUC